CCUCUGUGUCUAUUGUUUUGUAACCUAUUGAUUUUGAGCUCAUGCCUACAAGUUAAACUACUACUACAUGCCACAUAAUGGUAGUCUGUCUAGUCCCUGAAUCAUUACUUUGUAAUUACUGUAUUUAACUAGUAUGUAGUCCCUGAAUUAUUACUUUGUAAUAAUUGUAGUUAAUUAUGCAGUCUCUGAAUUAUUUCUUUGUAAUUAUUACAAAAUUGUUAGAUUUUGCCGUUAGGCUACAAUGAUUACUGGUAGGUUUUAAUAUUUUUUUCAUGUGUUUUCCUGUCUUUCCAGAAAAUGCUGUUAAAGAUGACAGCCGCAUUGCCCGUGCUGCUGGGCUUUGUAAAAAAUUGUUGGGACAUUUCUCCCACAGCUGGAAGCAGAAGAUGGCACUGAAAGAAGCACAACAGGAGCACAACCUCCCAGAGCACUCAAUCAUCACAGAAUGCCCAACUAGGUGGGGCUCGAGGCAAAAGAUGAUGGAGAGGAUCUUGGAGCAGUGGCAAGCCAUAUCUAAUGUCCUCUCGGCAGACCGAAAAACACGGCAUCUGGUUCCCUCCUGGCAGGACCUGGAUGUACUGGAGUCUGUAAACCUGGCAUUACACCCUUUGCAAGUAUUUACUGAUGCUCUUUCCGUGGAAAGCUAUGUGAGUGUUUCAUAUGUGAAACCAGUCCUUCAUCUCUUGAAUACAUCAGUUCUUGCAGAAAAGGAAGAUGACACCAAUUUAACCAAGACCAUUAAAGUGAAAAUCCUGGAUUACAUGAAUACAAAGUAUGAUGACCCAGCAACACAAGAACUUCUGGACACUGCAUCCUUCAUGGACCCCAGGUUCAAGGUCAGCUACAUCAGCAGCGAAAAAGUCCAAGACAUCAAGACCAGGGUGAUGUCAGAAAUGAAAGAAACAGCACGGAAGGAGGGAACACCUUCUGACAACACUGAGGCCCAAAGCAUGGAUCCACCCAGCAACAAGAAGGCAAAGCGAUCAUUGGGCAGUUUGCUCAAAACAAGUCCAGGCCCCACCACUCCCACCGCAUCUUCCAUGCAGCUGGAGCAAGCUCUUGAAGCUGAACUUAACAGCUACUUGCUGUCCCCCACCAUUGACAGUGAGGCAGACCCUUUGGCUUGGUGGAAACUCCACCAGGUCACCUACUCAAAGCUGAGCAAACUAGCUCGGAGGUAUCUUUGUAUACCUGCCACUAGUUCACCCUAGGCUAUUCAGCACAUCAGGGAAUGUGGUAACAUGUCAACGUGCAUGUUUGAAACCCAGCAAAGUCAACAUGCUGGUUUUCUUGGCCAAGAACUUGCCCUAAAGAAUAACUUGCCAUAAGGGGUAGAUUUUUUUUUUCCUGAUUGUAUCUUGAUUUAGUUAUUUCAAUUUUCCCCCGCAUACUAUAGAUCUCUGCACCUUGUUGGGCGGAGUCGAGGGCCUUGAUGAUUGUAAUGGGAGACAUUAGUUAUUUGAAAUUGCCAUGCCCAUGUUUAAUUUAUAUUUAUUUAAUUAUUUAAGUUGUUUUCCCCCAGAUAUUUUUUUAUUUCAAGAGUUCAAUGUUUUUGUUCAGUUUAGAAGAAAAUAUUUUAAAUAGAGCAGGGGAAAUUAAACUUCGUUGGGUGUUCAUGUUGUGCACUUCGUUCAAUAAAAGUUAAAUAAAAUAUUUUUUUAUUCAGUGGGCAUAGGCUAUUCAAUGUUUGGGGUCUAUGUUAGCAGUGUACCUAUUAUAGCAGAAAGACAGGAACUGUAUAGCUAAUAUGCACACUUCAAUAUUUGUUUAUUUAUCGCAAGUCAUAUCUCAUCGCAAUAUUGAACAAUGGUAUCGCACAUCGCAGAUUUUCCUCAUAUCGUGCAGGCCUAGUCCAAAUAUAGUUUGCUGAUAUGCAACCGAAAGACUGUAGAUAUGCACAGUCAACAUACCCUCUGCUCAUCACAGAUAGACAUUUAGAGAACACAGUUGACCGAGUUUGUCACUUUACUCAAUAGUUUGUUGGUAUGCGAGUGAUAGACCAUAGACAGGCACUUGUAUUGUUUAGUAUCUCAUACGAUACUUUUUACACACUUUUUUCGAUACUUAGACACUCUGUAGGGGAAACUAUAAUUUCUACAUGUUCAGCGGAAAUGGUAAUUUCCACUGAACAUUUAGAAAUGAAAAAAUGUAUUGUGUCAGAGAUUUAGUUAGCGCCAUCAACUGGUGUCUCAAGGUAAGGUGCUAACCUAGUUUAAUAGAAACUAGGUCAUGCAGCACCUGCGGUUUUUUUCUGUAGCUACACAAUGUUUGGUUAUGUGCUGCGACUUCUCCUCCUUACUUUGGGAUGGAAAUGUAAUUAACCAAAGGUAAUAAUUUCUGAUGGUUAUGUAAAUGAACACGCACGCUAGGCUGCCACCAGCUUUUCACAAAAACGGA